GGAAGGCUUGGGGAGGACCGGAGUGAGAACUGCUACUCCGCGCGGCUGCAGUGGCCAAUGGGAUUAUAGUGGACGAGACCAUGAAGUUGAACAUAGAUGGAUUGCUUGUUUAUUUUCCCUAUGAUUACAUCUACCCAGAACAAUACUCGUACAUGCUGGAGCUCAAGAGGACAUUGGAUGCCAAGGGUCACGGCGUGCUGGAAAUGCCCUCGGGCACUGGGAAGACCAUCUCCCUCUUGUCUCUCAUUGUGGCCUACCAGCGUGCUUACCCUCUGGAGGUCACCAAGCUCAUCUACUGCUCCAGAACUGUGCCGGAGAUCGAAAAGGUCAUUGAGGAACUGCGGAAACUUCUGGAUUUCCAUGAGAAGCAAACGGGGGCGAAGCUGCCCUUCCUGGGCCUGGCGCUCAGCUCCAGAAAGAACCUCUGCAUCCACCCUGAGGUGAGCACCUUGCGCUUCGGGAAGGAGGUGGAUGGGAAAUGCUUCAGCAUGACCGCUUCGUACGUACGAGCACAGCACCAGCAGGAUGGCAGCGUUCCCUCUUGCCGCUUUUUUGAGGAAUUUGACGCCCACGGCCGCCAGGUGCCCCUCCCGUACGGCGUGUACAACCUAGACGACCUGAAGGCGCACGGCCGGCAGAAGGGCUGGUGCCCCUACUUCCUCGCUCGAUACUCGAUCCUUCACGCCAAUAUCGUUGUGUAUAGUUAUCACUACCUCUUGGACCCCAAGAUCGCCGACCUGGUCUCCAAGGAGCUGGCCAAGAAAUCCGUGGUUGUCUUUGAUGAGGCUCACAAUAUUGACAACGUCUGCAUUGACUCCAUGGGAGUCAACCUCACUCGCAAGAUGCUGGAUCGCUGCCAAGGCAACGUGGCCACCCUGCAAGCCGCCAUCCAGAAGAUCAAGGAGACGGAUGCUCAGAAGCUGAAGGAGGAGUACAGGCGCCUGGUGGAAGGGCUCCGGGAGGCCAACGUGGCUCGGGAAACCGACGUCUACCUGGCCAAUCCGGUGCUGCCGGACGAGAUCCUCCGAGAGGCCGUGCCAGGCAACAUCCGGACAGCAGAGCACUUUGUGGGCUUCCUGAAGCGCUUUUUGGAGUACCUGAAGUCCCGCCUGCGGGUGCAUCAUGUGGUCCAAGAGAGCCCCCCCUCUUUUCUGAAAGAUGUCUUUGAGAAGGUCUGCAUCGAGCGCAAACCUCUCCGCUUCUGUGCCGAGCGGCUGCGCUCCCUCCUUCGGACGCUGGAAAUUGCAGACAUUUCUGAUUUCUCCCCCAUCACCCUGAUUUCCAACUUCGCCACGUUGGUCAGUACAUACGCCAAGGGUUUUACCAUCAUCAUAGAACCGUUUGAUGACCGGACUCCCACCAUCACAAAUCCCAUCCUGCACUUCAGCUGCAUGGAUGCCUCCAUCGCCAUCAAGCCCGUCUUUGAGCGCUUCCAGUCGGUCAUCAUCACUUCGGGAACGCUGUCCCCGCUGGAUAUCUACCCAAAGAUCCUGGACUUCAGGCCGGUUACCAUGGCCACGUUCACCAUGACCCUCGCCAGGACCUGUCUGUGCCCCAUGGUUGUGGGGCGUGGGAAUGACCAAGUGACUAUCAGCUCCAAGUUCGAGACUCGCGAAGACAUUGCCGUGAUCCGCAAUUACGGCAACCUGCUGUUGGAGAUGUCCGCCAUCGUCCCAGACGGCAUCGUGGCCUUCUUCACCAGCUACCAGUACAUGGAGAACAUCGUGGCCUCGUGGUACGAGCAGGGGAUCCUGGAGAACAUCCAGCGCAACAAGCUCCUCUUCAUCGAGACGCAGGAUGGCGCCGAGACCAGCAUGGCCUUGGAGAAGUACCAGGAGGCCUGCGAGAACGGCCGGGGAGCCAUCUUGCUGUCGGUGGCCAGGGGCAAGGUGUCCGAGGGCAUCGAUUUUGUUCACCACUACGGGAGAGCCGUGAUCAUGUUCGGGGUCCCCUACGUCUACACCCAGAGCCGCAUCCUGAAGGCCCGGCUGGAGUACCUGAGGGACCAGUUCCAAAUCCGCGAGAACGACUUCCUCACCUUUGACGCCAUGCGGCACGCGGCGCAGUGCGUGGGCCGGGCGAUCCGGGGCAAGACUGACUACGGCCUCAUGGUCUUUGCGGACAAGCGUUUCGCCCGGGCCGACAAGCGAGGCAAGCUGCCACGCUGGAUCCAGGAGCACCUCACCGAAGCCAACCUCAACUUGACGGUGGAUGAGGCCGUGCAGGUGUCCAAAUACUUCCUGCGGCAGAUGGCGCAGCCCUUCCGCAAGGAAGACCAGCUGGGCCUGUCGUUGCUCACCUUCGAGCAGCUGCAGUCGGAGGAAACUCUGCGCAAAGUGCAGGAGAUUGCACACCUGGUGUGAGCGGGCAGUGGUGUGUGUGUGUGUGUGUGUGUGUGAGAAAGAGAAGCACAAGCAGGGAUGGAUCCCCUGGAAGGGGAGGAGCCGCUUGGCAGGCCUCAACUGUUGCUGCGUCCAAACCCACCAGCAGAUGGGGAAACCGAGGCAGCCAGUUCAAACCGUUCUUGUACCAUGGCGCACGCACGCACGCACGCACGCACGGAAAGACUUCAGCCAGAGGGCUGUUAAUUCCAGAUUUUGGACUAGGGCUUUUAAUAAAGAGGUAUUUGGGGUUUUUGUAAA